GAGGUCGGGGAGUCCCGGUCCUGAGGCGGCCGCGGCGCCCGGAUCGCGCAGCUCGGCGGCCGCCGGCGCCGGGGAGCGAGCGGAGUUUAUAGGCAGCUGAAGACAGGAGAGGAACAUGGAGGAAGACAAAAUGACAGGUCUUCGAAAUAAGCUCAAAGAGGCUGAAUCAGAGCGACUGAAAGCUGCGCAGUAUGGCCUACAGCUCCUGGAGAGCCAAACUGAAUUGCAGAAUGAAUUGGAUCAGUGUCGUCAUGAGCUGAUGGCCGUGACUGAGAAAUAUGAACAAGAAAAAUACACUCUUCAGAGAGCUGUGGAGCUUAAGAGCCGCAUGCUAGAGAGUUUGAGCUGUGAGUAUGAAGCCAUGAAGCAGCAGCAGAAGCUGCAGCUGGAGCAGCUGGAAGAGCAGCUGGGCCGACGGCAUGCGCAAGAGGCAGAGGAGCUCAGAGGCAAGUUGGGAAGGCUGGAGGCAGACCUGGACGAGGCCAGGCUCCGUGAGAAGCAGCUGGGGCACAAGGUAGAGCACCAGAAGGAGCUCCUGGCGCAGAAGGCGGAGGAGCUGCGGCUCGUGUCCGAGCGCCGGCAGGAGAGCACCCCCUCGGAGACGCUGGCCCUGCGAAAGGAGCUGUCUGAUGUGGCGCGCCUGAAGGCGGGCCUGGAAGAAGAGGUGCGUGAGCUCCGCUACGCUCAGGAGAGACUGGAGCAUCUGAGCGCCGACUUGAUGCGCCAGGCAGAGCAGCUCAGGGCAGAGAAGGACGAGCGGGAGAAGGAAGCGGCGUCCUGCUACAGCGCCCUGGAGAAAGCACGGGUGGAGAGCCAGGAUCUGCAGCUGCAGCUGAAUCAGGCCCUGCAGCAGGCACUGGACCCCAACAGCAAGGGCAACUCACUGUUUGCGGAGGUAGAAGAUCGGAGGGCGGCCAUGGAGCGGCAGCUCAACAGCAUGAAGGUCAAGUAUCAGACGCUGAAGAAGCAGAAUGCCUUCUACCGAGAGCAGAUGCAGCGGAUGAAGUUACAAAUUGCCACGUUGCUACAAAUGAGAGGGUCCCAGGCAGAGUGUGAGCAGCAAGAGCGGUUGUUUACCAUGGUGGAGCAGAAGAAUGGGGAGAUAAAGCAUCUUCUAGGGGAGGUUAGAAAUCUGGAGAAAUUUAAGGAGUUGUAUGAGAGUGUGAAGCAGAAGCCCCCGGCAGAGGCCAGCCCCUCCACUCCGCAGGACAGCAGCUACUACACAGACUUGCUGCAGCUGAAGAUCCAGGAGCUGAACAAAGAAAACGAGAGCACCCGAGGUGAGCUGUCCAUCCAGCGGAUGAAGGCCUUGUUUGAGAGCCAGCGCUCCCUGGAUUUUGAGCGAAAACUCUUUGCCCAGGAAAGGUGCCUGCAGGUUGUGGAAAGUGAGAACAUGAAGCUGAGAGCCAAGCUGGAUGAGUUAAAGUUGAAGUACGAACCCGAAGAGGCCAUGGACGUGCCUGUUCUCAAGAAGAGGCGGGAGGUGCUGCCCGUGGACGGAGCCACCCCCGAAGGCCAGCUUGCCCACAGCGCUGCUGGGAAGGAGGUUUCUAGACUCUCACCUGGCAAAGAGGAGACACAGUCCUGUCCAAACAACUUAAGAGAUAACUUCCCGUUAGAAAAGUCAGUCUCUGUGGACAAGCCCGCCACCGGCGUCCCUGCUCGCCAAGAUCUGCCCCCAGACGCACAGCGCAAGAAGGAAAGGAAGUGUGUGACGCUUGUGGACGCCCCCGCAGCCGCCCAAGCCUUGGAUGAGUGCGACGGGCCCUCCCCCAGCUCUGCCAGCUCCGCCAGGUUAGCUGCUGAUGCAAGGCUUCAAGCAGAAGUUAAGGAAGAAGAAGAAAACUCAGGCAAGGUGGGAAAGGAGCCGUGUAAGAAGCCACACCCCGUGAUGUACGUGUCCUCCAAGCCGGGGGCGGCGCAGGCGCAGUGCGCACAGCAGUAGAGUCGGGCCCCCAGGGCCAGGCCGUCCCCGCGGGGAGGAGGGCGCCCGAGGUUCACACCGGCUGGCAGACGCUUGGCAGCACCCCUCCACGUGGCUGCACUGCUAACCUGAGAAAGCCCAAGCCAUGGCCCCUCCCAGAGCUUCUGUGAAUCACAGAGAACUGGUUGUUAUCAGAAGGAAAAUGAUCGUUAAUGUACCUCUACUUUCUGUCUUGGAUGUAAAACUUUCAAGUGAUGAGAUCACAUUUAAAAAGAGAACGCUGACCUUGUUAAAUACUGUAUUUUCCUUUCCACGAUUUUUAUGACCUUAGUUUUUCACUGUUGUAAAAAUAGAGACUUUUGUUUGAAAGCA